UGACGUCGUAAGUAUGUUUGAACCACGCCCACCACUACACAAAAAACAUGCGACGGAGUAGUGUUGCCAGGCCGAGGUCUGCAGGCAUCAGCACCUCAUAAUCUCACAUAAACUACAUACGUAUGAAAGUGAGAUGAAAAGGAUAUUUUCUUUUAUCCUGUUGAAGUUCCAUCACGUGUGUGGGCCUAGAACAGACGAGUGCAGGCGGUGCUGACCAUGCAUGCCUCGAUGGGCUCCAAAUGAAUGAAUGAUCGUUUUUUCUGAUUUUACCUCUUUGUGUGCACACUUAACGACACGAUGCAGCUGGAAGCACAACUGCGUCUUUGCCAUAACUGUAUUUGGUACUACAAAAGCGCAAAGCUUCUGUUCUCACAUUCAGCAAUACAUAGAUCUACAGCAAAUUACUAUGAUCUACUUGGAUUAAAACCUGAUGCUUCAUCGGAUCAAAUCAAGACAGCAUUUUUUGACAAGUCCAAAAAGCUGCAUCCAGACAGCGACCCCUCCAACCCUAGCCUCCACGGCCAGUUUGUGGAGCUGAACGAGGCUUACAGGGUGCUGAGCCGAGAUGGGAGCAGAAAGGAGUACGACCUCCGGCUCCGACACCCCUACACUGGCAGCCAACCCUUCAGACCAACAUCCACUCAUGUCUACCGUCCCAGUGCCGAGCAGGCUGAGCGCGUUCGUUACUGGGAGCAGUUCAGCUACCGCCAGACCACGGGCAAUGAGCAGUGGGAGCAGAAGAAGAAGAGGAACAUGCGACUCGUGAGCUACUGCGUCCUGCUCAUGACCCUUAGUAUGGGAGCCCACUUUGUGGGAUUCAGAAAACUGGAGGAGGUCCACACUAACUUCAUGGACAACAAGGACCGAGCUAUUAAUGAGAUUUACAAUGAAUCCAAAGAAAGAGCCAGAGUGAAUGGAUUCAAGAAACAGACGUUGAUCCUGAGACAGAAGCAUGCUGAAUUUCUUGAGAAAUACAACAUGGGCAAGGACAAGGAUGAUAAGUAGAGUACUUGAAAAUGAGUGCUGACUCUUGGGAUGCCGUCCACAGGGAGCACUAAGCAUGGAAGGCGGUUUAGUUUGUGACUGUGUUAGCAGUUGAGUUUUUUUUAGGAUCUUUUUUUUGAGCCAUGGUUACCUGUUUGUCUCUGAGACAGACAGUUGGCUAAAGUGAACUUGGUUCACCUUAGUGAAUGUUUUUGGUUCUUUGUAGGCACAAGUUCUCACAAACACACAUCCCACUUUGGGUGGUAUAAUGUAAUGUCUCACCAAAGGAACUGAUUAGCAAACAGCUGCGGAACUUCAUCCUUCAAUGGCAUUUGCUUAUCGAGUUCUUGACUCGGUUCUUAUUUGGUUACACUUGCCGAUGUGGUUGUAUGUGGCAUUCCAGACAAAAUUAUACACUGGAAUUCUGUCAAUUAAUAUCUACACAUGUAUGAUGCAGAUGGAGUAAGAUGAAUAGGAGAAUGGUGCUUUACUACAGUGGAGGGACUUGCAGUACAUGUAAUGAAUUUACAACUCAAUGUGAGUUACUCCAUGCAGUGCAAUAUUUGAACAAAAAAGGGCCUAAAAUGGUCCUUGUUUUAUCAAUUGUGUUUCAUGAAGAUUUCUUGCCUCACCUGGUAGGCUCAUUUAUAGGAGAGCUGUGUACAGUGGCGUGCAGCUCGUGGUAAACAACUUUACUACAAUGCCUUCAUGUGUGAAGAAACAUGUCACUUGUAUGUUGAUUGCCUUAAUAUUUAAUUCUAAAACUGUUUUGUGCCAUAUUGCACAAUAAAACAUUGUCAUGUCUCAACUGAAAA